CGUGUUUUCAUAGCUUACAAUAAAUAAAAAGGUCAAGUAGAGUUGAAACUUGAAAAACUUGGAUCCUAAAACCUCACGCCAUAAUCCACUCCCCAUCGGAGAUCGGCGCAAUGUGGCCGUCGUUUCUCAGUCUCGUUUCAUUGUACGGCGGCUAUCUCCGCCGCUGCUUCACCGCCGCCGGCCUUUCGGGUCAAGCCGUCGAAAUCGACAACGAAACGACCAUAGCCUUUUGGGGCCCGAAGAUCAUCACCAAUAAACCGACCGGUAAACGGUCCCUGGUUCUUCUCCACGGCUUCGGUCCGAUGGCGAUCUGGCAAUGGCGUAAGCAAGUCCAAUUCCUCGCCGAUGAUUUCGACGUCUACGUCCCCGACCUGGUGUUCUUCGGGGGCUCCACGACCAAAUCCUCGGAGAGAACGGAGGUUUUUCAGGCGAUUUCAGUGGGAAAACUUCUGGAAAAGAUCGGCGUGAAGAAAUACUCGGUGAUGGGGACGAGUUACGGCGGAUUUGUGGCGUACCAUAUGGCUAGGUUUUGGCCGGAGAGGAUCGAGAAGGUGAUAAUCGCGAGCUCCGGCGUCAAUAUGAGACGGAAAGAUAACGAGGCGAUGUUGAAAAGAGCAAACGUGGAGAAGAUCGACGACUUUUUGCUGCCGGUGACGGCGGAACAGUUACGGACGUUAAUGAAGCUGGCCGUAUUCAAGGAAGUAGGCAGAAGGUUGCCCGACUUCUUCUUGAACGAUUUUAUCCAUAAAUUGUACAUGGAAAACAGGGAGGAAAAGAUUGAACUCCUCAAGUCACUCACAAUUGGAAGGGAAGACACCCUCAAUCUCUCUCCUCUUUCCGAGGAGGUUUUGAUAAUAUGGGGAGAUCACGAUCAAUUAUUUCCCUUGCAAAUGGCAAAAGAACUGAAAGAGAUUCUUGGCGAGAAGACGAGGCUCGAGGUGAUGAAGGAAACCUCACAUGUGCCUCAGAUUGAAUCUCCUGCAGAAUUCAAUCGUCUCGUGAAGAGUUUCUUAAAUGGGUCCUAUGUUUAACUUUUUCCUAUCUGAUUUUUCUAAGCUUAUGAUGACUCAAUGACACUUCUCAAUUUCCCUUUCCCAUACCCAUACCCAAUUCCCAGCCCCAUAUUGUGUAACGGUUAUGGAUCAUUUGGUAUUUUUUGGUGUUUUAUAUU